AUGACCGGUGACUCGGGGCAGAAGGUUGAACUGCUGGCUGGAGAGUGGCCUACAUGGUGCCAGCGCGAGCGGAUCGGAGACAAGAUGAAGACUGAUACGUCUGGCAAAGAAAGAAUUCUUCAGAGAGGGUACGGCUCGGUUGAACGCGAUCUAGCUAUCGUAUCGAGAGAAAUCCACGGGUCGAAGGAAUUAUGGAGACGACUAGUGUCCACACCAUCGAGAGGAUAUCUGGUGAUGGCAUGGACUGAUAACUGUGGUGAAGGGCCUAGGAGGGACAUGAAGCCAGCGGUGCAAGGCGUUAUCGUUGGAAUUGAGAGGCCGCCUGAAAAAGAGAAGGGGGAGGCGGCGAGGUGUUGGAUUGCCAUCGCGAAUUUCGGCCGCAGUCUGAGGAGGUAUCAGGCGAGCACUAAAUUCUUCGUCUUGUUGCUCUCGUCCAUGGAGAAUGAGGAAAACGGAGAGAGGGCAGCGCGAGAGGGGGGGGACUUCGGAGCCUCAAAAACUUUGCCGUUCAUUGACGUCGCCGACAAAGCCACAGUCACCGCGCAUUAUCCUGGAUAA